AUGUUGUGUUCUUUGGCAGUUUUCCACCUGUCUCAUAAAGUCACGACUGUGGUCCCAGAGAGCGUUCUGCUCAUUGUCCUUGGACUCUUCCUGGGUGGCAUCGUCUAUGCAGCAGACCACAUUGCCUCCUUCACCCUGACGCCAAAUGUCUUCUUCUUCUACCUGCUACCGCCCAUCGUCUUAGAUGCAGGAUACUUCAUGCCAAACAGAUUGUUCUUUGGGAACUUGGGCACAAUUCUUUUGUAUGCUGUCCUUGGGACUAUCUGGAAUGCUGCCACAACAGGUCUUUCGCUUUAUGGGGUCUAUCUCAGUGGAAUAAUGGGUAAGACUGAUAUUGGGUGGUUGGAUUUUCUCUUGUUUGGCAGUCUGAUAGCUGCAGUGGAUCCUGUUGCUGUGCUGGCUGUUUUUGAAGAAGUCCAUGUCAAUGAUGUCCUCUUCAUCAUUGUUUUUGGAGAAUCGUUGCUCAAUGAUGCUGUAACUGUGGUGCUAUACAACGUAUUUAAAUCCUUUGUUUCAAUAGGAGCUGGAAAUGUGACUGGUGUGGACUGUGUCAAAGGUGUAGUGUCUUUCUUUGUGGUGAGCCUAGGAGGGACUUUAGUUGGUGUUGUCUUUGCGUUCCUGCUCUCCCUCGUCACUCGUUUCACAAAACAUGUCAGAAUAAUUGAGCCUGGAUUUGUGUUUGUUAUUUCCUACCUGUCUUACCUGACAGCUGAGAUGCUCUCGCUUUCUGCCAUCCUUGCUAUAACGUUUUGUGGUAUCUGCUGUCAGAAAUACGUCAAGGCAAAUAUUUCUGAGCAGUCUUCUACCACUGUGAGGUACACCAUGAAGAUGUUAGCGAGUGGUUCAGAGACUAUUAUUUUCAUGUUCCUGGGAAUUUCAGCUGUUGAUCCUAACAUCUGGACCUGGAACACAGCUUUCAUUCUUUUGACAUUGGUCUUCAUCUCUGUCUACAGAAUCAUUGGUGUAAUUCUACAGACAUGGGUUCUAAACCACUACCGAAUGGUCCAGCUGGGAAUAAUAGACCAAGUGGUGAUGUCAUAUGGUGGUCUCCGUGGUGCUGUCGCCUUUGCCUUGGUGGUACUUUUGGAUGCGGACAAAGUUGGAGACCGAAACCUAUUUGUCAGCACUACUAUCAUUGUUGUGUUUUUUACUGUUAUAUUCCAGGGUUUGACAAUCAAGCCUUUGGUGAAGUGGUUGAAAGUGAAAAAAAGUGAGCACCGCGAGCCCACCUUGAAUGAGAAGCUUCAUGGCAGGGCAUUUGAUCACAUUCUUUCAGCGAUUGAAGAUAUAUCUGGUCAAAUAGGACAUAAUUACUUGAGGGACAAGUGGACCAAGUUUGACAGACAGGUCCUCAGCAAAGCACUGAUGAGAAGGUCUGCUCAGAAAACCAGGGACCAGAUUCUUAAAGUUUUCCGUGAGCUCAACUUGAAGGAUGCCAUUAGCUAUGUGGCUGAGGGAGAACGAAGAGGUUCUCUUGCAUUCAUCCGCUCUCCAAGUAUUGACAACACGGCCAAUGUGGACUUCAGACUUAUUAAUCAAAUGAAUGGAGAAUCCUCUGUUUCCCAGUUGCUGAGAGAAACUGCCAGUUCUGUCUGUCUUGAUAUGCAAGCACUAGAGCAGAGAAGAAAAAGCAUCCGAGAUGCAGAGGAUAUGUUCACCCACCACACUCUACAGCAGUAUCUAUACAAGCCCAGGCAAGAGCACAAACUUCUGUAUAGUCGGCAUGAAAUAACUCCGAAUGAAGAUGAUAAGCAAGCCAAGGAGAUUUUCCAGAGAACCAUGAGGAAACGCUUGGAGUCUUUCAAGAGCACCAAACUAGGCAUGAACCAUGCCAAGAAGCUGAAUAAAAUCCACAAGAGAGACCGGGGCCAAAAAAGAAGAAAUAGUAAUGUUCUACCAAAUGGAAAUAUAUCUGCAGAAGCCAGAAAGGAAAAAGAAAUUGAGUUUUCUGAACUAGAGGAGAAUGAUUAUGAUUAUCUGCAGACAGGGCGAGCGAUGGACUUCCUAGCUAAUGUCACCAGGCAGAAUUUCACUGAAACAAGUGGAAUUGAUAAUCCAGUAUUUUCAGCUGAUGUCGAACAAAACGCCACCAUGAGGUUUCCGCCUUGGCUAUCAUAUGAAGAGAUGGUGGUACCAUCCCAAAGGGCCAGAGUGCAGAUACCUUAUUCUCCAAACAACUUUCAACGGCUUGCCCCAUUCAGAAUCAGCAAUAGAUCUGUAGAUUCCUUUUUGCUAGUUGAUGGCCCUGAAGAACGACCCAGAGCAUUCCUUCCAGAAUCAACUCACAUGUGACCCAACCUUUGGUGCUAUGCUGUCAGGAUAUUCUUCUGAAGAAAUGCUCCCUCCAUGGGGACAUGAACAAACAAAACCAGAUGCUUCUUUGUCAGAGAAACACAUCAGCGUGAGUCCAAUGCACCUUCAAGGUUCUUGGCAACAAAACUAUGUACCCUUGGAAGACAGGGACAAUUUGAUAUUCUCUGAGUAUUUGACUCCUUCUCACCAGGAGCUCCCUGAUCUCUGCUGGCAAGCAGUCUCAAAUACAAGCAAUCAAGGAUGUUUAAAUACAGAUUACUUUACCAAACCUAGCUACGAGCCCAUGGGUCUACAGCUAGACCAUUCAAUUACUGAGCCUGGAGAGCUAGAGGAAUCUAUUUUUUGGAACACUCGAGAAAAGAAAUGGCUGCCUAACGCACAAGCGCACCAUAGAUCUGCAGCAGCAAGGCGUGUGCAGAGUCGGCGUUCUUUCCAUAGGCCGAAACCUGUGCAACAUCCAAAACUUCAAAAACUAGCAUCCCUUCCAGCAUCCUUUCACAUCCCUCCACAUCCUUGGGAACAGGAAGAAACUCAGCUGUGAGUCUUGACUGACUUGAGUUGGAUGAACAAAUGAGAGAGAGAGAGAGAGAGAGAGAGAGAGAGAGAGAGAGAGAGAGAGAGAGAAUUAAUUGUAUAGACUUUGUAUUUUUUUAAAAAAGUAAUAGAAAACUUUUGUGGAACAUUUUCUUAGAAAUACCAAAACUCUGCAUUCAGCUGGAUAUGUACCAGCUCUCCCUAAUUCACACUGAAAUGAUCCAAGUGAUCAAGAAAAUACAAUGGGUUAUACAAUGGAGUUCCUUCGUUGUUAAACAGGCCUUUUUAGAGAUUUGUGAUAGGAAGAUUCCAAAAUAGAAAGUAAAGCUGUUCUUAAUAUUUUUGUCAGGGCCAUGGGCAUGUAUGCCCAAACCUAGAUCUAGAGGUGUGCUCUUCAUCUCCUGAUCCUCUAAGAUCUUUACUUUGAGAUGGAAGUUUAAGUACAGCAAGCAGAAUAAGCUGGCCAGCACAACAGCGAAGGCACAAGGCCCUGGCUCCUAGUUUUGAUUUCAGACCUGGUCAAUCAGGAGGCUUUAUACUGCCAGCAGCCUGAAAGGGACCAUGUUGCAGUAGUAGUAAUAGUAGUAUGACCCCCGUUUCCUUCUAUAACUUAAGUGGGGCCACACACAGUAGCUUGCAAGGUUACGUUCCAGCCUUAGACCCCGAGGUUCCUGGUUAAAACCCUGGAAUCCCUGACAGUUUUAAAUUGUGUAUUAUUAUGCCAUAUUUCCAUUACAAACACUGAUAUCCAGAACUGGGUGGAAUGGAUCAGUGCCUUUUUGUAUCAACUGUGAAAGUUAAAGAAGAUAUAUUUUCCUAAUGUUGCCUAUUGUCAUUUGUGAAUAAGCUAAUGUAGCUGUGGAGUUUUAAUGCUCUAUUUGUUUUCUGUAAUCAAUAUUGCAGGGAAUUAAAUCAUGUUUUAAAAACAAAACGUGUAUAGAAUUUUAGUGCAUAUGGGAGGAAGCAUCUCAUUUCCUGUUUUAAAUUAAGUCGAUCCAUUUCACAUCAUUUCAAAAAGCACAAAUUAGACACAUGGUGUUAUUGGGUGAAUUUAUCAGAAUGAGUCCAUAUUUUUGACAUAACGAUUUCCUCAAAUUCUGUCAUUUUCUGUGUUUUGAUAUCUUAUUUAAGUGCCAUGACAACUCAGGUCACUUAUGCUUCCUAGUACUGUAUAUUUGUGUUUUAGAUAUGAUGUAUACACUGUGUGUCUGUCUGACUGUUCAGAAUGAGCUCUUGCGUUUUGUUUUCAUGUUAAAUAGAUUGUCAUGGAGGGCCCAUUUUGUGACUAAAUAAUGGAUAUGUACCUGCAAGUAAAUUUGCAGAAGUAAAGCAAAAUGAGUGUUUGCUC